AUGGCUCAGCAUGGUGGCGGUGGUGCCAACCAGAUCCAACCAGCGGAGGACUUCUCUAGUCCGUAUUAUUUUCAUCCAAGCGACAAUCCUGGCCUUCAACUAUUCUCUCAAGUCCUUGAAGGCUCCAAUUACAUCAAUUGGAGUCGAUCUAUGUCUACCGCACUCUUAGCAAAGAACAAGUUGUUGUUCGUCAAUGGCACAUUGUUGAAGCCACAGGAUGAUGAUCUUCUAUAUCAUGCUUGGAUUCGUUGCAACAGCAUGGUAGUUUCAUGGAUCAGGAACUCCUUAUCACCUAAAAUAUGUUCUAGCAUCAUGUAUCUCGAUGAUGCGAAAGAAAUUUGGUUAGAUCUACGUGAUCGUUUUUCACAAUGCGAUUCAGCUCGCAUCUAUCAACUCAAGCAGAGAAUCAUGUCUCUGACUCAAGGAGAUGAUGACAUCAACAACUACUUCACCAAUCUCCGGAUAGUUUGGGAUGAGUAA